CCAGAUGGCUUCAAGCCUCGCGCUGUGCCGUUUUUUGGAUGACACGCACUGAUGGCAAUGAGGACCAAUGGCGUUCGCUGGAGGCAAAAUAAGGAGUUCCAGCCACUCUGGCAGCUCAGCCAGUGGGUCCAAGAGCCAAAGCCGGCCGCGCAGCACCGCCUCGUCCACCUCGCGGCCACUGGCGAGGCGUGUCCGCGACCCCGAGCGCCCAAGCGGCAGCGUCGGCACCCCUGGCAGCGUCGGAACCCCGGGCGCGGCGCCCCUUACGGCGUCGCCGGCGCUCCAUGUGGCGCAAGGCGCAGAGCGACAAAGUUCGCGAAGCAGAAGCCCAGAGGCGCUCGCUGCCGCUCCACAAGCCCAGGAGUUGACCGAUCGUGUGGUCUCACAGAUCAUGUCGCGGAGGCUUGUGCAGGAAUCAGAUUUGGAAGAUCUUCGUCUCAAUGUGAUGUCAAUUUUACAGCCGGCCCUGAAGAGAAGCAGCGUUGAAGAAGUGCAGCGCCUGUCCGGCGAACUCAAAGAGGCUCGCAGUCGCACGGCGCAGGCGCGCAGCGAGAUCUCACGCUUGAAACAAGAGGCACUGAUGUUGGAACAAAAAAGCACGGAAGCGGAGGAGAAGAGCAGGAGAGCGGAGACCCGUGCCAGCAAAGCGGAGUCGCGCCUGAAAUCCUCGUUACAGGACCCGAUCAUGCUCAAGUUCGGCUCUGAAACGGUGGAGGUUCGCUCCACAAGUUCCAGGGCCAAAGACACCGUGGCCCCACUGCCGGAAGGGAGCCCCGCUGGUCGACGUUCCUUGCUGUCGGGUCAACUGCAUAGUGGCACCUCUCCGGAACCCUCCGAAGCAGAGGUCGGCGAGGAAGCCAGUCAUAGAUCACAAAGGCUCUUAGAGAAGCAGCGGAAGAAGGAAGAGGCCGAUGCCGCCCGCCGCGCCGCGGAUGAGCGCAUGAAGGAUCAACGAAAAAAGAAGGCCGAAGAAAAGGGCAACAAGGAGCAGCUCAACGCGAUGAAAGAGAUGGGUGAGGAGAUGGCACACGCCAUCUAUAGUCCUUUCUCAGAUCAACACCGACGCGACCCGCUUGAACUUGUCCGAGGGGAACUCAUGCAGGGUGACCUGGUGGAGCUGAAGCAAGCCAAAGCAGCUGCGAAAGAGUCGGAGAUGCAAAUCUCCCAGCUGAGGAUCAAGUUGGAGCAGGCCGAGGCGGCGGCCAAAGUGGCGGAGAAGUCCAAGGCUGGCGCCGAGAAGAAGCUGAAAAGUGCUGAGCAGGAGUUGAAGUCCUUGAGAGAGGAUCCCGUCUUCGAACAGGUGAACAUGCUACGCGAUGCCAGCAAAGACCUUCAGCGUGAAGUGGAAGACUUGCAGACUGCUAUGGUGGGCUGGGACGAUCGAUACAUGACGCAACAGUUGGGCGAAAAGGAGGAGUUGCUGCAGGCAGCUUUGGAAGCCAAGGCCAACGGAUCCAUUGGAUCCACGUGGGGCUCCAGGAUUGCAGCAGGACGGGCUGGGAAAGAAGCUGGGCAUCGGGAGCUUGACGCAGCUCGCUCGGAGACCAAGCGUCUCCAAGCAGAACUCGAUGCUGCACGUUCCGCGACCGGGGCCUCGCCCAAUGAGGACGUCGCAAAGCUUCGACAGGAGCUGGAGCAGUCACGCGCCGAAGUCGCCCAGCUCCGUGCCGGUGCCACCGGUGCCACUUCGGCGUUGCCGGGCGCUGCGGGGCAGGAAAGUCGGAGACUGCAGCAGGAGCUUGACGCAGCUCAUUCAGAGACCAAGCGUCUUCAAGCGGAACUCGAUGCUGCACGCUCCGGCGGUGUGCCCUCGGCGAACGAGGAAAUCCAGAAGCUGCGCAAGGAGAUUGAACGACUCAAAUCCCAGGGAAGCGUCAUUAUUCAGGCAGAGGCUGCGCCCCAAGAUUCCCAAGAUAUGGAUGAGGCAGUGUCCUCCUCAAGACCCGAGGAAGCAACCACGGCCAGCGCUCGCAUCGACGAAGAGGUGAAAGCGACCGCUUCGUCGACGCCCGAGGCCGAGAGAAUCGCGGACAGAGAGAAGCGGCAUGCGGAUGCCAAGAAGAAACACGAAGAAGAAGUGCAGCGCAUGAAGAAGGAAGCCGCCGAACGGGGCGAACGUGCCAGUGAACAAGUGGCUGAGAAGAUGUACCAGGAGAAAUGUAAGGAGCUAGUGGACGAAGUCUUUGAAAUCUGGCAGGAGGACUACCGUGAAGCGAUGGCAGAGAAGAAGCAGCGGGCCGUUCAAGAAGCCCACGAGCGAGAGAAGAAGCGACUCGAAGAGGAACGGCGUGCGGACGCCUCGCGUGCAGAAGAGGAACAGAAGAAGAAGGCCCGGGAACACGAGGCCGAGUUGAAACAGGCCAAGAAAGACCAGGAGGCGGCGGCGAAACGCCAAGCUGAAGAACAUGAGCUGGAGAAGAAGAAGAUGGCCCAAGAGGAGCAAAAGCGCAAAGCGGAGCAGAAGGAAAAGUUCGAGGCCGAAAAGGCCAAGAUCAAAGAGGCGGAAACCGAAAAGAAUCAGAAGAAAGCCCGUGACAUCGCUGAACAGAUGGAGCGCGAAUACCUGGAGAACCUCCUUGGAGGCGUUUGGGAGGCCUGGGAACAUGCCUACCGCCAAUCCUCCGCUGAGCGGAAGAAGGCGGAGGCUAAGGCGGAGAUCGAACGGAUGCGGAAGGAGGAGCUCCUCAAGGGCGAAGCCUCUAAGGCACAAAUCGCUGAUCAGAUGUACAAACAGUACUGUCAAGAACUUUUGGAUGGAGUUUGGGAGCUUUGGCGCGACAUCUUCAAGGAGGAAAGAGCGCAGAAGGCACAAGAGGCUGCCAAACUCAAGAUGGAACAGGAAAUGCAUCGCUUCAAGCAGGCGGAACACGACCGGGCCUUCAACACCGCUAAGCAGAUCGCUGAGCAAAUGUGGGUCAAGUACUGCAAUGGUCUGUUCGAGGAGGUGGUUGGAGCAUGGAAGGAUGAGAUGAUGAACAACAAGAAGGAGAAGCUGGCGAAGCAACAGCAAGCCAUGGAGGAGAGCCGGCAAAAAGCGCAGCAGGAGAAGGACCUCCGUGAAGCCGAAGUCUUGGCGCAGAAGAUGUUCAAGAGUCACUGCCAAGAUGACGUGAAGUUCUGUUUGGAUGUUUGGAUUACCGAGCACAAAGCUGCGCUGCAUUUAAGAAAAGACGAAGAGGCCAAAAAGAAGCACGAGGCAGAGCUGGCUGCGCUACGUCGCCUGGAGCAAGAGACCGGCGAACGGGCGGCGCUGCAGAUUGCCCAGAAGAUGUUCCAGAAGAUUGUGGAUGACAACAAGAAAUUCCUCCUGGACAGCUGGCAACGCAUCGCCAAACAGCAGCGUGCAGACAAGAAGGAGGCCGAGACCAAGCGGCAGCACCAGGAAGAGUUGGAUCGAAUCAAACGCGAAGAGCUGGAGAAAAAGGACAACGCUGCCCAGGCUUUAGCAGAGAAGAUGUUCCGCAAAUAUUGGGACGACAACUUGAGCACCAUCGUGGAGUACUGGCGACGCUGUGCUGCGGCCACCAAGGAUGAUAAGAUCCGGAAGAAGCACGAAGAGGAACUGGCAAAAUUAAAAAGGAAUCAGGAGGAGACAGGCACCAAGGCAGCUGUGGAAAUCUCCAAGCGGAUGUACAAGGCCUACUGCGACUCGCUUCAGAAGUUGGUCCUGUCUUCGUGGCACGUCUGGUCGCAUCAGGAACGUUCCUCACGCCAUGCAGAAGAAGCCGAGAAGAAGUACGAAGAGGAGAUGGCGAAGAUCAAACGCCUGGAGAUGGAGAAAGCCAACAAAGCGGCAGCAAUUGCUGGGAUGAACCUGUACAAGAAGGUGCAAUGGGACAACGUGUCGCUUCUGCUGACCGCGUGGAGAGACGUCACCAAAAACGAGCUCCUUGGGAGGAAGCUGGAGAAGGAUAUGCGGGAGCACAAGUUGACGGUGGAUAACAUGAAAAAGGAAGCAGUCCGCAAGCACGAGCAGAUCCGGGAUUUGGUGGCCGCGAACAUGUUCAACAAAGAUAAGAAGGAAAUUCAAAGCGAUGCCUUCGCGAAAUGGGUCAUCGGCUGGAGGCAAACGGUGCUGGAGAGGCAGCAGCACGCGGAGAAAGUGCAGCUGAAGGAUCAGAUGGAAAAGCUGAAACGGUCAGAAGAUGAAAAGAAGCAGAAGAUGAAGCACCUAAUGGCGUCGCAGUUCAGCAUCACAGGAAACCGUGCAUUGCUUCACAUUUGUGUCAACAACUGGCGCCUCGUCUGGGAAGCUUCCAAAGUGGAGAAACAGCAAGCGCAAAAAGUGCAGGAACUCACUGGAAAGCUGAGGCAAAUGGACAAAGACACGAAUGAGUUCGUGAACCGCACCAAGGACAAGUUGGGACGUGCCUUCUACGGUCGUCAACGCUUGGACUUGUUGGCCUUGGUCUUGAGCGCCUGGCGUCAAGACACCAAGGAGGAAAUCUCCAUGCGGAAGAAGGACGAAAUGGCAAGCAGCUACGAGAAGGACAUCAAAUUGCUUCUGAAGAAACAGAAAGAGCUGGAUGCUGCGGCCAACGACAAAAAGGCCAAGGCUGCCCUCAGUCAGUUGGUGGGCGCCACUUUGUCUCUAUGCUGGCUUCAAUGGAAGAACUUCACCAAGGAAUGCCUUCAAGAACGCCGCGAGGCAGAGAUGCGCCAGCAGUUGCAAGAGGAGCUGAAGCAACAGAAACGCGAAGCGGAAAAGCUGAAUGACAUGAAAUCCAAGCAGAUCGCCAUGAACAUGAUCAGCUUUGAGCGAAACAGCGUCAUCUCCGUGUGUCUGGUAGCAUGGCGUCAAGCAGCACAGGUGUCCAAGCAUGAAGCAGAAGAAGCUGCUGAGAAACAAAAGAUGCAAGAGGACUUCAACCAAUUCAAGUCCAAAGCAGACAAGCACAUGCUGGCGACCCGGGACCGCAUGGCCAUGCAGCUCGUGGGAAAAGAAAAAGGCCAGCUGCUGAGUGCCAUGUUCGGCUUGUGGCGCGGUGCCGCCAAGGAGGAAAAGACGGCGCGAGAGCAGGCCGAGCGCGAGCGGUUGGCGAAAGUGGAGUUGGCACGUGUGGAUGGCCUGCGACGUGAAGCAGCAAAAGAAAAGGCGUUUCGCACAGCAGGGCGCUUUUUCGAGAAUCACAACAAGGGCGUGCUCUUGGAAAUCUUCUUGCACUUUCGGAAGUGUGUGGAACUGAGCAUCAAAGAGCGGAAAGUGGAUGAAGCCAAAGAGGCACAUGAGGAAGAGGUGAAGAAGAUGGCCAGGCUGCACGGUGACCGCCGUGCCAAGUUUAUCGCAAACACCGUGCAAGGCGGGUCCAGCUGUGCACCACCAGACUUGACAGCCGGAUCCUGGGCGUUUGUGGCGUAG